AAAAGAAGUUUCGCCAAGCAAAUGCCUUUCCUGUAAACUGGGCCUGAUUUUACACGAUCUACAGUGACACAAACCGUUCACAAUGCCAAACAUUCGUCCAUUGAACCCCGAGCUGGCCAAGAAAGCCAAAGAAGAGUUAUUUGAGGUUCCCGAAAGAUUGGAUGACGAUAUUGCUGCAUUGCGCACAUGGCUAGCUAAAAGCCCACACAUCAAAUCACGCACGGAUGACCAGUUCUUGGUAACCUAUCUUCGAGGAUGCAAACACAGCUUGGAACGUGCGAAAGAGAAACUAGACAUGAACUACACGAUGCGAAGCAUCAUGUCGGAUAUAAUGAAAAAUCGCGAUCCGUUUGAUGAAAAAACUGCCGCGAUGAUGCGGCGAGCCGGUUGUCUUCCGCUUCCCUUCACGGAAACACCAGCCAGCCCGCGAAUCGUACUCAUCAGACCAGGUGUACAUGAUCCAGCUGAAUGCACCAUCCAAGAUAUAUUCAAAGUAAACAUGAUAUUUUCGGAUAUAAUGUUUAGGGAGGAUGAUAAUCUAGUUGUUGCGGGACAAAUUGGAAUUUUGGACUUAACGGGCAUGACAGUGGCCCACGUAUUGCAGAUGAAUCCAACAUUCGCGAAGAAAACCACCACGAUGAUGCAAGAUGCAGCGCCACUUCGGAUGAAAGCCAUGCACUACAUAAACGUAUCACCAGUUUUCGAAACCGUGUUCAACCUGUUCAAAACAUUUCUGAACGAAAAGAAUCGAUCGAGGAUUUAUGUGCACGGAAGUGAUAUGGAAUCGCUAUACAAACACGUUCCCAAACGAUUACUACCUGCAGAGUAUGGUGGUGAAGCUGGUCCAAUCCAGGAUAUUGCCGAUAAGUGGAUAGAAAAAGCUGAAAGUUACAGCGAUUAUUUCAAGGAAGACGAUCUGUACGGUACAGAUGAAAGCAAGCGUCCAGGAAAACCAAAAACUGAAGAAAGUUUGUUCGGAAUUGACGGUUCGUUUCGGAAACUGGAAGCAAUCACAGAUAAGUUCCGACGAUAUCGUUAUCAUGAAAAAAUAACCAUCUUUGUUAGUACCAUUGUGAAUUACGCUCUGCGUCAUAUUACACCAGAUAGCACCAUACCAGAAGCAACAGAUAGCAGCCCAUCGUCAUUCAUUCUCCGACCUCCGUUCAAACCAUUUGUACGCAUUCCGUACGCGCUACAACAACGUGGUCGCUUCAAAACAAAUUCUGACCAGUUCCGCCUGAUUGGUUCCAGACAGUCAUUCGACAACAAUAUGGUGAACAUUAGACCCGUUUCGGACGCCCUGCGCAAGAAAGCCCACGAGGAAUUAAAUGAAAAACCUGAACGCAUACAGGAAGAUCUAAACGCCCUCCGUCAGUGGAUUGCAAAAAGUCCCCACAUCCGAGCACGCAUCGAUGACCAAUUCCUCAUCACUUUUCUCCGAGGAUGUAAGUAUAGUUUGGAGCGCACAAAGGAAAAGAUAGAUUUGUACUAUACAGUGAGGACCCUGUCUCCGGAGUUGAUUCGGGCUCGCGAUCCAGAGAAUCCGAAAACUCGAAACAUUAUCCGUUUAGGGAUAGCAGUUCCGCUACCAAACACGGAAACUCCCGACUCGCCGAGAAUCAUAUUAAUUCGACCUGCAGUUUACGACCCGGCGGAGGUUAGCAUCGAAGAUUUGAUACGAGUGAGCACCAUGACAACCGACGUGAUGAUGAUCGAGGACGAUAGUUUUGUAAUAUCGGGGCAGAUCGGCAUUCUGGAUGUUUCCGACGUAACGAUGGCCCACUUUCUUCAGUUUACUCCCGGAUACGUAAAGAAAAUGGUAAUGAUGAGUCAGGACGCCUCACCUCUGCGACAGAAAGGAUUCCACUACAUCAACACACCUAAUGGAUUCGAAAUCGUGUUCAAUAUGUUCAAAAGUUUUAUGAGCGAAAAGAAUAAAUCCAGGCUUUAUGUUCACGGACACGAUUUUGAAUCACUCUAUCGGCAUGUGCCUCAACGAUUGCUGCCUAACGAAUAUGGCGGAGAAGCCGGAUCACUUCAAGACAUUAUUAGCCAAUGGGAACAGAAAUUGGUAUCAUACCGAGAUUACUUCCUGGAGGAGGAUCAAUACGGUACGGACGAAAGCAAACGACCCGGGAAGCCCAAGAAUGCUGAAACGUUAUUCGGAGUGGAUGGGUCGUUUCGGAAACUCGAAGUAGAUUAAAAUAUUGUUUGCUAGUGUAAUAUUAUUCGAUACCAAUUAAAUCAAAUGUAUUCGG